AUCACUACUAUCUUAUAAACACUCUGUCACCCUUACACAUAAUCAUUCUCAUUCCAUACCCUCUGUCUCACACUGACAUUUUAAAACUAAUAUACCAAGGUGAUCAAAACUGCUACUAUGGAAGGAGAUGAUGCAUCACCGAACAACAAGAAAGCAGAAAUCGACACAAGUGCGCCGUUCCGAUCAGUCAAGGAGGCUAUAAUGCUUUUCGGUGAGAGAGUUCUAGCUGGAGAAAUCUAUACCAGUAGGCUCAAAGAGCUACAGAAUCGAAGAACUGAAGCCGAGCAUGAAAGUUCUGAAAAUAAUGGAACCAUUGCAGUUGAGUUGGAGGAGACAAAACAGAACCUUGAAAAAGCUAAGGAUGAAAGCAUGUUAAUGGCAACAUAUAUCUUAUCUCUGCAGAAAGAUCUUGAACGUACAAGGCAAGAACUCCAGCAUAUAAAAGAACAACGAAUGGAAAAUCUGCAGCUUAAGCCAGAGGUCGAAGAAGAUGUUAAACAUGUUGAGACUAAGUCCGCAACAAAAUAUGACGAGAUGAUAACUAGUCAUGAUCAGAUUCAGAAAGUGGAGUUCCUGAGCAAAAAAUACGUAACAUUAAGAAAUCCGCAACCUGUAGCCAAAAUUCACGAGGUGCCACAAGAGGAGGAAGCAGUACUAAAGAGACAUCCUUCUUUGAGGAAGAAGAAAAAGAAGUCGAUCCCGCUAUUUGGCUUCCUUUUUUCUAGAAAAAGAGGAGACACUGAUGCUAAAGGUGCAACAGCUGAAGAAGCUUGAUCGAUUUCAUGGCAUCACACAUUUCAUUACCAGUUUAGAUCGCGUAUAAUUAUCAAAAUUUAAUAAUAAAUAUUUGUGCUUGAGUUAAUUUCAUUUUAUAUCAAACAUAAGUUUAUAAUAUACGUCUGGGAGUAAGGCAUCAUCUGACACAA